CCCCCUUGGCCCCUCUUUCCCUCCCUUCUUUGGGCCCAGAGCCAAACAGCCAAGUGCACGGGUAAACUGCUGCCGAAUAUUUAUCAGCAUCUCCGUUCAAAGUGCAUUCCGCAUGUGUCAAUUCCCGUGUCCCUAAAUACCCUAUCUGUGUGAGGGACAGUGUAUGCGUGUAUAUGCGUCGGUGGCGUCCUCAAGGACUGGAGAGGUUGAGAAGUUGGAUGGCUGAGCACUGCCACGAGUGUAUACUUCAAGUCAUUGCACAGGAUAGAGACGUAAGUGGAGCACGCGUAAGGUUAUCAGCCCGAAAGAGAGCACCGAAGUACGUAGUCCUUCUGCACCUUCUGUUAGUCCCUCGAUCACUUUCGGGAAUCAGGUUGCCGCCGGCACAUCGACUAUACGAGAUCUCAGAUCGUCAGCCAGUCAACGCGGGCUACAUAUAUGGGACCAGGUCAUGGCAGGGGCAAGAGUCGCACUCGCCUUCAAUGGAAGAGCGAAUGUCCUUUCAAUCCACUCACCGCAUAGAGUUUGGGUCGGUCAUGUACGUAGCCAAAGAAAGGCUUUGGAUGUAACCCACCGCUUGAAGCAUUCAGCUGGCAUCGAUGACUCUGGGACGAUUUCCUCGGGGCCUAAUAGCCAUAUUGGCAUUGCCACAAGCCUCCUGCACAUCGGCCUCAAUCUCUCAAGGUGUAGCAGUACCAACGCAAACGUUAGAGAACUGCCCACUACCAGCAGUCUUGUCGAUAUAUCAAUACUACGCCUCUUCGCUUGCUGCGAGUUCAUCUGUGUCAGUCGUAUUUGGUUCGGGGACAAGCUUGGACGGUGGGUGUGAUGCGACGAGCUCGGGUGGGGAUGGGAGUAGCCAGACGUCUACAGGCGCAAACGUCUUGAUGAUCGACCAUACAGCGAAUGACACGCCUUACAAAUCUACAGCCACCGGCAAUGGGUAUACCAACUACACCGUCUCUCUAGUGAGUGACGCGCCGAAUAAGUCGACGAGGUAUUUCAAGAUCUACAAGCCAGAUGGGGAUGGGGAUUUUGGACCUGAUGUGGAUGGGAGUCAGUUUCUACAUGUUGUCAAAGUGAGUCCCCUCUCUCUCUUUCUCAAAGAAUGAGAUGAUCGAGAGCUGAUGUUGGUUAAAGUGCGAUAUCACGUUCAGCCCCGGGAGUGAUGAUAACAAGCCGGUGAUGGCGGUGUGGGAUGAGACGCCGUGGUAUACCGGCUCGGAUCCUGAGGGUACUGUUGAGCCAGAUUGUGCAGAGUCGGACGUUGAUGUCUGAUGGCUGCGGGUGGGGUUCAUGAAGGCUGAAAUGGGUCUUUUGUAGUAGCUCAAUGCUGAAUGUCAUGUUGUUGUACCUCCA